AUGGGAGCCGAUUCUCGAGCGACGGCCGGAAACAUCAUCGCCGAUAAGCACUGUGAGAAGGUGCACAAGAUCACGGAGAGCAUCUACGCCUGUGGAGCAGGAACUGCUGCUGAUUUGGAUCAGGUGACAAAAAUGCUGUCGUCGAACCUCCGUCUGAUGGAGCUGAACACUGGCAAGAAGGCCCGCGUGAUAACAGCUAUGCGCCAAGCAAAGCAGCAUCUUUUCAACUAUCAGGGUUACAUUGGUGCCUACCUGUUGAUUGGCGGCGUUGACCCGACCGGUCCUCAUCUUUAUGAAUGUACCGCCAACGGCACCACGAUGCACAAGGAAUUCGCUGCUCAGGGAUCCGGUAGCUAUGCCGCUAUCUCGAUUCUCGAACGCGACUUCAAGCCCAAGAUGACGGAAGCCGAAGCGAAGGAUCUGGUGCAACGUGCUCUCCACGCCGCGGAGAGCAACUUCCAAAAUUUCUUCCAAUUCGUAUCGAUCGCCGAGUUCACGGACAAGUUCUGCAUCUACAACAUCAACGCUCCUGGCCAGGAGAUGGAUGCGAAGCCACUGCCUGAGAAUUUCCAAUACCCGACGAUGGAGGGUCUCGCAAACAUUGUGGAAAAUGUUGUGGAGCAUUUUAAAUUGCCGCACUUUUUCGCGUUUGGCGUCGGGCUCGGCGCUAAUGUACUGCUGCGCUACACGUUGAUGAACCAAGACCGUGUCAACGCGCUCAUCCUGGUGAAUUGUGUCCACAGCACUUGCGGCUGGGUCGAGUGGGGCUAUGAAAAGGUGAACCAGCGUCACUUGAAGAAUUACGGGAUGACCUCAUUUGUCGCCGACUAUUUGAUGUGGCAUCAUUUUGGCCGUCGUAUCGACGAGUGCUCUUCCGACAUCGUCAGGCAGUACCGGGUCUAUUUCCAGCACCUGCCGAAUCCCACAAACCUUUCUAUGCUAAUUGAUGCCUAUAUAAACCGAACUCCGAUCAACUUCUCGCGUGAAGGAGGCGCUGCCGGGCCACAGUUGAAGGUCCCUGUCUUGCAGCUCGUCGGAGCUGGCUCGGCAUUUGUCAACGAGACGGUUGAGGUGAAUACCCGCCUGGAUCCGUCCAGGAGCGACUGGAUUAAGGUCUCCGGCUCUUGCGGGCUAGUGCUGGACGAUCGACCGGAAGCCGUCACCGAAGCUCUGAUGCUGUUCUUACAGGGACUUGGAUAUUUCCCAACGAUGAACGUCGUCAAGCUGAUGAAGCAGAUUCACGAGGCCCAAAGCGGCUCCUAUGCGGCCGAACAGCGCUGCGUCGACGAAUGU